UCCCCUUAGCAAAUCAGUGUAAAAUCUAGUAUAAUAAUAUAAAAAGUUAUGUUGAUAUUUUACAUUGAAGUGAUUGUCUGUAGUGCUCGGGUUAUUGAUUGAUUGACCGGAUUAUCUUAUGCCGUCCGCCCGCAUUUAUAAAUUUUUGGCCUACAAAAUUUAUCGCCAUAGCAGCCUUACCUGAUUCACAAUGGGAAGCGACAGAAAGGAUUCCAAGCGCUCCAAGAAAAGCCGAUCCGAACAUAAGUCCCACAAAAAGCACAAAAAGCAUCACCGAUCCAAGGAGGGGGAUGCAUCGAACAGCGAACCAGAAAUAGAUUACAAUGAUCCUUCUCUCUGGACAACCGAAAAGACCAUUGAAGGCAUUGCACCCGUCACCCACAAUCCACCAAGUGUUGCCACAGCCAUCGCGCCAACUGCAGUAGAAACCGCGCCAGUGGCCGUUGAGCCUAGCAUCGCCAAUCCUGAAUCAGCCCGUGAUAGCUGGAUGACAGACGCUUCGCUUGAUUUUUCAUCGUUUGGCUCGAUCAAGCAAAAGCAACCCAAGGAAGACAAACCUAACCCUGAUCAAUUGAAAGUUAGUUCAAGGGAGAUCAAUACUCAUUUUAAGGCUGGACUUCAUAUUGACCAAUAUCCUGAGCAAUCGAAACCGACUUACAAGUUUGGAGACGCAGGUUCAAAAUGGAGAAUGACAAAGCUCAGACGUACCAUGGAGCAAGCUGAAGAUGAAGGUCGACCGCUGGAUGAAGUUGCCCUCGAGAAAUAUGGGUCAAUGGAAAAAUUUGAGGAGGCCAUGAGUGAGAAAAGGGCAUUGGAGGGCCGAAAGUCAAGAAGAGGGGAUGAUGAUGGAAGGUCAAGAGAUAGGGGAGGCCGACAUGAAAGCCAUCCUCGCAUGAUGUUCUCGGAUGCUUCUUCAUCAAGGGAAUCAUUUAAAAAGCCACAGUCACAGACUUCACGACGAGACAAUGCGGAUGUGGAUGAGUUUGGGCGAAGCAGAAGAAAGCGCUCAAGAUCACCACCCUCCCACGAAGAGCAACAGGCGAAGCUUGCCAAAGCAGUCACCAGUGCAGCCGCACCCACCCCAUCACGACCUGUCAUCAUCUCCCAGCAUUCAAACCCUACCCUCUUCUCUGACAAACCACCACUGACCAUCGACGAACUGAACAAACUCAACGCAAAAGUAGUGAAAGCACGGUUGAUGGGAGCAGCCAAUGUUGAAGAACUUGAAAAGGAAUAUGAAAAGGAAAAGAAGAGAGCGGACAACUAUGGAACGUCAAAAGAUCCAUCUGUUGCUGUUGUACCCACCAUCGAUAGCCAAGGACGCCUUCAUGAGUUCGCUUUAUCAAACUCAUCCACUAUUCCCUCAGAUGGACCGCAACGUAAACGCAAGGAAAAGUUCGAAGGAACGCAUGACAGCCAGACGGGCGAACGACUCAAAUACGGAUCCAAUGAUGACAAGGCUACAUUAGAUGACUUGUUGCGACAGGAGAAGGCUGGUACUCGAUCUGCCACAGACAUGGAUAUGGAUUUGGCAAAUCGCAUUGUGGGAGACGUUACAUUCGAGGAUGAUUUGGAUUACAUGGAUGAACAUGCUGAAAAAAUGGCAACCAAGAAAGAAAAGACAGAAGAAUCAAAGAUACGGCACGCCAUUAAUGAUCAUAAACGCAGCCAGCAAGCUCUUGAUACCUGCCGAUGGUGCUAUCAAGAUGGAAAGCCCCCGCAAUGUGCUAUGAUUUCCCUCGGCACAAAAUCCUACUUGGCGUUACCCAAUGUUACAGACCUCGUCCCUGGACAUUGCUUCAUUGUUCCUUUACAGCAUGCUGUAUCUAGUCUCGAAUGCGAUGAUGAUGUCUGGGAUGAGAUACGGAAUUUCCAGAAAUGUUUAAUGCGUAUGUUCCAUGAACAAGGAAAAGGUGUCGUUUUCAUGGAGCUGGUCAAGAACAUCAAAUUCCAGCGCCAUACUGUCAUUGAAUGCAUUCCUGUUCCCUAUGGCACAGUGGAGGAUGCGCCAAUGUAUUUCCAGGAAGCGAUCAAAAACAGUGAAGGCGAAUGGUCUCAACACAAGAAACUGAUUGAUACAUCUCAGCGAGGAUUUAGAAGAUCCAUGGUCAAGAAUCUGCCCUACUUUCAUGUCUGGUUUAGUCCUAACGAAGGCUAUGGUCACGUCAUUGAAGAAGAAAAAGACUUUCCUGCAUGGUUCGGCAAGGAAGUUGUAGCGGGAAUGAUGGAUUUACCCCCACAUCUAUGGCGUAAGCCUCGUUAUCAGCACCAAAGUGAUAACCGUGAACGACAAAAAGCUUUCCUCCAGCAAUGGCAGAAGUAUGACUGGACUGCUGCCUUGGAGGGUGGCGAGUUUGAACAAUAAAAUCUGGCUCAGUCAAGAUACGACUUU